AUGGCGGAACCAGCCCGACCUGCUUCACCAGCAGGUAGCGUUUCUACUAUCGAUGGAGCAGAACAUAGUGGCGAACAACUUGGACCUUCGGAGAGUACGCAAACUAUAGCUACUACGACUACUCGGUCCGAUCACCCUAGGGUGACGAUUGUGGCACCAGAAGACUAUAGAGGAGAUGAAGAGAGCAUGCGGACUACGACCACUGUCAGAGAACGCCGAGAUAGACAAUCAGCACCACCUACCGUAAACCGUCCUACAACUACUCGGCGACUAUCUAGCCAUCGCAAACAUACCUACUCGGUAGACGAUAACGAAGAAGAGGUUCUUAAGGACCAGAGAUUGAAAAGUCAACAACAGCGGGCAGAAGUUUCAAGGGGCUCAAUAAGCACGGCGAGGAAGAGUGGUGGUAGUGGUCCUAGCUCAUUACGAAGAAGGGAAACUGGGAGUCUGGCGGCAGCAGUUCCAGAGCCCUUGCUGGAGGAAGAGGCUUUGAGCCCUACUACUACAAGACAAGCUGCCGAGCCUGUGGAAGAGGAUGAAGCUGAGAAUAUUGCUCCUGAAGAAGGAAUGGAUCAAACACCUGGAAGCGAGGAGGAAGAGGAACAUGUGGAGGAGGGAGAACAGACUUUGAAGGAACGUCAAGAAGCUAUCAAUGAGACACAUCCGUUCGGUGUUAAGAUUUGGAAGUCUUCACUAUACAAGAAGGACCGUUCGGUACAGAAACUUGCAGAAGAGGAUGUUCACUCAGCUCCCGGGGCCCGUAUGGGUACGAUCCAACUAGUAGGUAACUCGAUGUGGUCUUUGAUAGUGGGCUGGUGGAUGUCUGCCAUCGUUUUUGUCACCGCGACGAUAUGUUUCUUGACCUUCACAAGAAGUGGCAAGGAGUAUUCGAGAGUUUUGUGGGGAUUGUCGAAGUACCUCCUCUACCCGUUCGGCCAGUACAUCCGGCUUAGUCAAGAUGAGAAUUACUUGGAUGAGGAUUCAGGCGAGGGUAGAAGUAUCAGCGAAUACGAACAGUGGCAAGCGGGCGAUAUUGAGGAAGGUAGACUGUUCUUCGGGCCCCUUACACCGCGUUCUAUGGUGGGACAAGGCCGGAAUGACUUGGAUAACAUUAGCGAGGUUGAAUCGAUCGAUGAUUCGAAUGAACGGACUGGCCUGAUUAGUGGUGACGAAGCUGAUUCCGAAAAUCGACCGAACAAGAAAAAAAGGUUGUUCGGACGUGGUAAAUGGACUGUGGGGCGUGUUACGUUCUACAUUUUGUUUUAUAGUAUUAUCGGGCCAAUGCUGUUUUUGGUAUCCACUAUAUGCUGGAUUAUCGUUUUCACUAUUCCGAUGGCCCGUGUAAACGGAAUCCUUUUAUCGCACCUUAGGAGACACCCUCUGGCGCUAUCUUUCCACUCUAACCAAACACGCCGCUUAAGAAACGAUCACUCGCCAGUCUUGGUUUGUACGUAUAGAGCGGUGGGGUGGAAAUACUAUAAGUAUACGGUAGACGGUACCAAUAUAUUCCUCAUCAACUUACUGCUGGUGGUGGUAUUUGUGGUCUUCGACUACUGGGUCCUGCACAAGUUUUUCGAUUACCAUGGAUUUCUCACAAGCUCCCCAACGCUAUUUGUGUUAGCGCUGCUGUCUAUUAUCCCGCUUGCCUACUUUAUCGGACUAGCUGUUGCUUCGGUGUCAGCGCAGUCAUCGAUGGGUUUGGCCAGCGUGCUGAACGCAUUCUUUUCUACCAUCGUCGAGGUUUUCUUAUACUGUGUUGCAUUGUCACAAGGCAAGGGUAGACUUGUCGAGGGCAGUAUUGUCGGAAGUAUUCUAGCUGGUAUUCUCCUAAUGCCUGGUCUUUCUAUGUGUGCGGGUACCGUGUUCAGAAAGACACAGCACUUCAACGCCCAGAGUGCGGAAGCCACGAUGACGAUGCUGUUGUUUGCUGUGAUCGGAGCGUUUGCGCCGACUUUGUUCUAUCAGAUUUACGGAACGUAUGAGCUGAAAUGUCGUGAUUGUGACGACGACGAGAUGUCGAUUUCCAGAACGGAAGAUUGCCGAAGGUGUUAUUUUACCCAGCCUCCCUCAGUCGAUGAUCCGUUUUAUGCCAAAGCUGUCCAACCAUUCUGUUACACAGCUUCGGCACUCCUCGUCAUGGCUUAUGUCAUUGGGUGUCUAUUUACGUUAAAGACCCACGCGCAAUUGAUUUGGGCGACGCCCGAAAAACCGGCCCAGCCAACGAAUUCCCAUUCUCAUUCGCAAAAGCCACGACAGUCCAGUGAAUCAGUUGGUAAACUUCCUGAAGGACAGCGUGUUAACGGUGCGGCAUCGAUCCGGGAAUCUCCUGUCUAUAAGCGGGUGCUAGGCCAAACCUUGAAUUCGGCCGGAUUGACCCGACUAUCCGCAGGAUCUGCUCAGAGUUCGACACAGCAGUUGACUCCGAUUCCAGAAUCCGCCACUACGACAGGGCGUGCGGGAGGAUCGCGCGAGCCUGUACAUUUGCCACAUCAGAAACCCUUUGCAUCACUUUCUACUGAGGAAAAUGAAUCCCUGGUUCGCGGAGUAGCUGAAAUGGUUGCGACUGCUGCGGCUUCGGUGUCUGUAAACGCAGGGUACCAGGGUGGCGGCGAGGCUGGCGCAAGCACGGCUAGUUCCUCGGAACACCCCAAGAAGGUUUCGCAAAAAAUCGCAGAGAAUGCUGUCACUGAGGCUGCCGCGCACGGCGGGGCUUCAGGUCAUGAUGCACCGAACUGGAGUCGUACAAAGAGUUUAGUCAUUCUUUGCGGGGCCACAGUGCUUUAUGCUGCUGUCGCGGAGAUUCUGGUCAGCACUGUUGAUGUGGUCCUCGAGAACUCGAGUAUUGAUGAGAAACUGCUGGGAAUUACGUUGUUUGCUUUGGUACCAAACACUACGGAAUUCUUGAAUGCUAUUUCGUUUGCGAUGAAUGGGAAUGUGGCGUUGAGUAUGGAGAUUGGGUCGGCUUAUGCCUUGCAGGUGUGCCUGUUGCAGAUGCCGGCGUUGGUGGGCUGGACCGCGUGGACGACGGGGAAUGUUUUAGAUCAGGAUCGGUACAACAAGAUGUUCACGUUGAUCUUCCCGCAAUGGGAUAUGGUGACGGUUGUGCUAUGUGUUUUGAUGUUGACGAACAUCAUUCAUGAAGGGAAAUCCAACUAUUUUAAGGGCUCCUUCCUCUGUCUAUCAUACCUGACUGUUAUGCUCGGGUUUUAUUACAGUGGAUACAAUUAUCUUGCUGGGGGCGCUAACGAGAAGGCCCAAAUGUUCGACGCUAUGACUCGGGGAGGACAGUCUAGCUAUUUCCUUGGGAAUAAAUACGGGCAUCCUUCGAACGGGUUGAGUGUUCAGGGUUAA